UUUUUUUUUGUAGUUGUCAAUUAGAUUUAUUUGUGUAUACGGAAAUACUUUCAGAUACAAACAACCACUGUUAUAAAUAGGUAACCAUGUUUUAUGUUUCUUUCUUUCUUUUUCAUAUCAUAAAAUGACAAAGGACUUAAUGGACGAUCUUCGUAUUACAGGCUAUAAUGCCUUAUUGACCCCCAAUUAUGUGAAAGAAGAAUUUCCUCUUUCUGGUGCAUCCAAGGCCACUGUCUUGGAAGCGAGAAAGCAAAUUUCAGACAUUAUUCAUAAAAAAGAUGAUCGUUUGUUUCUUAUCGUAGGCCCUUGUUCUAUACAUGACACGAUUGCAGCUAAGGAAUAUGCUCGUUUGCUUUUGAAAGCUAAAGAACAAUACAAGAAUGAACUUGUGAUUAUCAUGAGAGCUUAUUUUGAAAAGCCUAGAACAACUGUAGGCUGGAAGGGUCUGAUCAAUGACCCAGAUAUUGACGGAAGUUUCGAUAUCAAUAAGGGCCUUCGGAUCGGUCGAGGAUUGUUGAAUGAACUUACGCAUAUGGGUAUGCCUGUCUCUGUUGAGUUGCUUGAUACUAUUUCACCUCAAUACAUGGCUGAUUUGAUCUCUUGGGGUGCUAUUGGUGCUCGUACGACUGAAUCUCAACUUCAUCGUGAACUUGCUUCUGGUGUCUCUUUCCCUGUUGGCUUCAAGAACGGAACUGAUGGUAAUCUGAAAAUUGCUAUUGAUGGUAUUGGUGCUGCUGCUGCUCCUCAUCACUUCUUGGGCUUGACCAGUGCUGGUGUUGUGUCCAUCACUCAUACGUCUGGAAACCCUGAUUGUCAUGUUAUCUUGCGUGGUAGUAAUAAGGGCCCCAAUUAUGAUGCUGAGUAUGUUCAAGAGGCCAAGAAGUUGCUUACCAAAGAAGGAUUGUCUGCAUCUAUCAUGGUUGAUUGCUCUCACGGCAAUUCAAACAAGGACCACAAAAACCAGCCCAAAGUUGCACAAGUGAUUGCAGAUCAAGUGGCUCGUGGUGAAGAUGCUCUGGUAGGUGUCAUGAUUGAAAGUCACUUGAAUGAAGGCAAACAAAAUGUCCCUGAAGAUGGACCCUGCGCCCUUAAAUAUGGUGUCUCUAUUACAGAUGCUUGUAUUAGCUGGGAAGAUACUGAAUCUGUCUUUCAAUGUUUAGCUGAUGCAGUGAAGGCUAGAAGAUCAAUUCAAAAACAAUUAACAAGUAAAGAUUAGUCCGAUCGGCCCAUUUGGGCCGAUUUCUAUAGUCAUAAUUACCUAAAAAAAAGCCUUCUUUUCAAUUAUCCUUUAAAAUACAUACUGUUUAGCAUCCCAUUAGUGCUCUGAAUAAUUUAUAGAUCGAACAAAUAACUUCC